AUGGAUGAGGAUUUCAAGAAAAUGUUCUUCGACAUGAUGAACACGCAGAAUAAAAUUCUUUCUGAGCUUACCAUGGCCCGAUCAAUGUCGACAAGCGCCGUAGGUACAUCAUCGACUGAUGCUCGAAUGGAAUCUCUCGCAAAUUCAAUGACAGAAUUCCAUUACGACCCAGAAUCUAAUCUCACUUUCGAUAAUUGGUAUAGCCGUCAUGAGGAUACUUUUCGGGUCGAUGCAGCCAACCUAAAUGACGCUGCUAAAACACGUCUGCUGCUCCGCAAACUUAGCGAUGCUACUCAUGCGGAGUACAUCAACCACAUUCUCCCGAAAACGACACGAGAUUUUUCGUUCGACGAGUCUGUAACCAAGUUGAAGCAGCUCUUCAGUGCCCAUGCCUCACUAUUUUGCAAGCGAUACAGAUGUCUCACGCUAAGCAAGAAACCCACUGACGAUUUUCAAACCGAAAGGGCAUCGGUGAAAGUUAUUAACCCGACCAAGCAUCCUGAGAAACCAACUGAUUGCAAACCGACACCGAAAUCCCAGUCAUCACACAACAAUAAAAAUCUUCGCAAUAGUGGUGGCAACAAUAUACCAAGGACGCCGUGUUGGAAAUGUGGACAGCUUCAUUACGUGCGUGAGUGCCCAUUCCACGAUCAUCGAUGCCGGGACUGUAAUAACGUUGGGCACAAAGAGGGGUAUUGUCAGUGUGUAUCAUCGAAUCCAGGAAAGAAGAGACACUGGAAACAAAAGUCAUUCCAAACAAAAGGUAUUUAUUCGGUCCGGCAAGUUGCUGCUCGUGAUCGGAGAAAAUACGUCACCGUGCUUAUCAACAACGUAGAAGUAGAGCUCCAGUUGGAUUGUGCUUCGGACAUCAGUCUCAUCACCGAACGCAACUGGGAGCGAAUCGGACGUCCACCAACUAAACUACCGUCACAACAAGCCCGUACUGUUUCAGGCCAGCCGCUGCCGCUCAUCGCAGAAAUUGAUUGUGACGUCAUGCUGAGAGGAGUUCACCGGUCAGGCCUCGACUUCAUCGAACUCUUCGAACUGUGGAACGUCCCCCUGAGCACGGUAUGCAACAACAUCAACGUCGCAACCGAUAAUGUACAGUAUCUGAAAGCAGCGUACCCCGUACUUUUCGCCGAUUCAUUGGGUUGCUGUAAUAAGACAGAAGCUAAAUUGUACUUGAGGCAAGACAUUCAACCAGUUUUCCGCGGCAAAAGACCUGUCCCGUUUGCUGCAUUGGAAUCGAUAGAGACUGAGCUCAACCGAUUAGAAAAGCUGGAAAUUAUUUCACCGGUAGCGUAUUCGGACUGGGCGGCGCCAAUCGUGGCUGUCCGAAAGAAAGCAGUCGACGGUCAACCAUCGAAGCUAAGAGUGUGUGCUGACUAUUCUAUUGGCCUGAACAGUGCCAUUCUGCCCAAUCACCACCCGCUUCCCCUUCCGGAGGAGAUUUUCGCCAAACUAUCCGGCAGUAAAGUACCUGUCGAGAAAGACUUCAGACGAUACCUUACGAUCAACACUCAUCGUGGCUUAUAUGAGUUCAAUCGUCUGCCUCCAGGCGUCAAAUCUGCCCCUGGUACAUUUCAAAGCAUCAUUAAUGCCAUGGUAGCUGGUCUGGAGGGAGUCGAAACCUAUCUCGACGACGUGUUGGUACACGGUAAGAACGCCAAGGAACAUCAAAGCCGUCUCUUGAAGCUUUUGGAUCGCAUUCAGGAGUGGGGCUUCACACUGCGCAUUGAGAAAUGCUCAUUCUUCAUGCCGGAGAUCCGUUAUCUGGGAUUCAUCAUUAACCACCAAGGAGUCCGACCUGACCCAUCGAAGACAGCAGCAAUAUGCAACAUGCCGCCUCCGCACGAUGUGAGCACCUUGCGGUCAUAUCUAGAUGCAAUAAAUGUUUAUGCCAAGUUUGUACGCAGCAUGCAUGACCUUCGACGCCCAUUGGAUGCUCUCCUAAGGAAAGAGUCAAAGUGGGAUUGGAACAAAACUUGCCAGCGCUCAUUUGAACAAUUCAAAUCACUACUUCGUUCGGACUUGCUUCUUGCUCAUUACGACCCUCAACUCGAAACGAUCGUCGCAGCGGAUGCAUCCAACAACGGUUUAGGAGCAUGCUUGAUGCAUCGGUAUCCAGACAGUUCUGUAAAGGUCGUGUGCCACGCCUCCCGAACGCUCACUCCAGCGGAACAGCGUUACGGCCAGGUGGAGAAAGAGGCACUGGCACUUAUAUUCGCUGUUACCAAAUUUCAUCGGUUCAUCUACGGAAGAAAAUUUUCUCUACAUACCGAUCACAAACCGUUGGUCGCAGUAUUUGGAUCGAAGAAGGGUAUUCCCAUUCACACAACUAACCGCCUACAACGAUGGGCCAUAGUGCUACUGUCUUACGAUUUCGAAAUAAAGCAUAUUUCUACCCAGGAGUUCGGUUACGCAGAUAUCCUAUCGAGACUGAUCGAUCCACGAGCAAAACCAGAUGAAGAUUUCGUCAUUGCUUCGGUUCAGAUGGAAGACGACAUAUCUGCCACUGUGGAUGCAGCAUUGAAUACUCUGCCAAUAACGUUCAAACAUCUUCAAGCUGCCACAAACAAAGAUAAGCAACUUCAGGAAGUUAUCCCGUACGUGCAAACUGGUUGGCCGAACACGAGCAAGCAAGUCAGCAGCGAAAUUCGUCCGUUCUACGCUCGCAAGGAAGCCCUUUCAGUUGUGCGAGGUUGUCUCACGCUCGCUGGUCGAAUUGUAGUACCGAAAAUGUAUCAGCUAUCAGUCCUCAAGUCUCUCCAUAAAGGACAUCCUGGUCAAGAAAGGAUGAAAGCAGUUAUGAGAAGUCACGUUUACUGGCCCGGCGUAGACCAGGACGUCGAAAAUUUCACCGCAUCGUGUAGAGCUUGCGCAUCUGUGGCCAAAGCACCACCAAAAACAUUAUUAUCGUCAUGGCCACAAGCAAGCUAUCCCUGGCAACGGCUACACGUGGAUUAUGCUGGUCCCUUCGAAGGUCACUAUUUCCUGAUUAUUGUAGACUCUUACAGCAAGUGGCCGGAGAUCAUACGUACGCAAACUAUCACUAGCAGGACCACAAUUGAAUUAAUGUUCGAAACGUUCGCCCGGUACGGGCUGCCUGAAACCAUUGUCACCGAUAAUGGUACGCAAUUUUCUAGCAACCAAUUUAAGGAAUUUUGUGAGUCCUUGGGCAUCGUCCACAUUCGUACUGCACCAUACCAUCCGCAGUCUAAUGGACAAGCGGAGCGUUUCGUGGAUACACUGAAACGAAGCCUCAGGAAGAUUUUACCAGAAACGCAAAAUUCAAUAUCCAAGUCACUGCAAAUCUUUUUGUCCACAUAUCGCUCAACUCCAAACAAGUCGGCACCUGAUGGACUUUCUCCGGCUGAAAUUUUGAUGGGGAGGAAACACCGCACAACGCUAGAUUUGCUUAAACCACCCGUCGACUUCAUGCCCACGAAAAAUCAAAAUAUGGAAAACCAGUUCAACAGACACCAUGGAGCAAAGAGGCGAAACUUCGAAAAAGGUGAUCGAGUUUUUGCAAGUACCUUUAAAUAUGGGAAACGUGUGUGGCUCGCCGGUACCAUCAUCGAACGAGUUGGCAGUGUAAAUUACAAUGUACUUCUAGAUGGAAGCAGGCUUAUGAGAUCACACACCAAUCAACUGCGUGCUCAGGGGGACACUAAAGUCGAGGCCUACCCGGAAGAAGCUGUUUCGGAUCACCAUCUCCCGUUGCACGUGCUGCUGCAGGACUUUCAGCUCAACGAAGGUUCACCAACACAUGCAGAUCAACUAGCUCCAUCUGCAUCACAUCAGCCCAGAGAAACUCGUGCUCCUGUUCUUCGUCGAUCUACCCGUAUCCGACGGAUGCCUACUAGGUACAACCCGUACUUCUACAGAUAA